AUGGAGAGGAUGGAUGGCUCACAGCAGAGCGCAGAGAGUCCGGCGGCGGACGUCUCCAAAAUAAACGAUGAGGAGCUGCUGAAGUGGGGCAAAGAGGAGCUUGUGCGGCGGCUGCGGAGGGCAGAGGCAGAGAAGAGGGGCGUCAUCGUGGAGCACGGCAAUCUGAUGCGGGAGGUUAACCGGAGACUCCAGCAGCACCUGAACGAAAUACGUAGUUUGAAGGAUGUGAACCAGAAACUGCAGGAGGACAACCAGGAGCUACGGGACCUGUGCUGCUUCCUGGACGACGACCGCCAGAAGGGCAAACGGGUGUCGCGGGAGUGGCAACGUCUGGGUCGCUACAGUGCUGGUCUGAUGAGGAAGGAGGUGGCCAUCUACCUGCAGAAGCUGAAAGAGUUGGAACAGCGGCAGGUGGAGGUCAUCCAGGAGAAUCUGGAGCUCAAGGAGGUGUGUCUCAUGCUGGAGGAGGAGAGGGCAGCAACUGUAGCUGGAGGGGGAGGAGGUGGAGGUGUGGGUGGGCAGGGAGGUCCUGGCCAUAGGAGCUCCAUCGACAGUCAGAGCAGCUUGUCUCAGCUGGGUGGAAGUGUCCCAGCAGCUGGCUUGCUGCGGGACGUUGGCGAUGGGAGCAGCACCUCUAGCGCAGGGAGUACAGAUAGCCCUGAUAACCCCCACCUCAAACCCCCUCCCCUUGGCUCCAAUGCCAGCCCUGGAUAUGGGUCAAGACUAGGAGAUGUGUGUGAAUCCACAGGCAGAAGGCACAGCUCCACCCCAGAGUACCACACCUUCCCCCAGUCCUGCCGCCUGGACCCUUGUGGCCUUCAGGAACACAGCCCAGAGAAACACAGCAAGUCUCCUACCAGACUACCAUGUGAUUCCCACCCCAAACCCUGCAGCUCUGACCUACUAGCCCAGAAACAGUUAUUGAUGUCAGGGCAGGCAUCACCAGGGUGUGGGAGGGGCUCAGCCAAGUCCAGCCCAGAGCUGUGUCAGAGACACCGGCUGGUUCACACAGCAGAGGCAGGUUGUGUGAGUCCAGAAGCUAAGCAAACUGCGAUGGGGACCCCUGAGCACCUUCGAAAAGGGAAGGUGAUUGUCGGUAGUCCAGAGUCUAUACGACGCCACCAUCACUAUCAGCACUGUCCUGGGGUGGAGCACCGCAAGGGGAGGUAUAGCAGUGGCUCCCCUGACAGGGACGGGGGUCAGAGGAGGGCAGCGGCGGAGAACAGGCCCCCACACCACCAGAGUCUGUACAACGCUCUGAUCUCUGCUGGUUGCUGCAGCAACUCGUGUAGGAGUGUAAACCUUUGGGACAGUCCCCACUUCUUGACAGAACGACCCGACCUAAGUAUGAACCCAGCGGACUCAGACAUAAUGUCCAACUAUGAAGACGUCCCUAUAGAUCAGACGAGGAAUAUAUCCUGGGUGCCCAAUACUGGGGACCUCUGCCGGUCCUCGAUCCUUCCCCCGUCUGGAAGAAGCGCCAGUCCCCAGCCACGUUCCUUGCAGAUGAUGCCCUAG